UUAGUUUCAUACGAGACUUGCCACUGAGAAUACAUCGAAAUCGGUGAAAUAUAGACGAACCCAUUUGCAUUAAGACUGGAAUGCACAAACAACAUACCUGACUUUUGGUGUUCACUCUUAAAAAAAGUGCAUAAAUACGCGUCAAAUAAAAAAACGCCUGAGACUACGGCCGCAAGACACAGUGAUUCAAACAGAGUUCAUUGCACGGCAAAGAGCAGAGAGACAAAGUGAAACGACCUCGCACAACGCGCCGUUCACAGAGAGAGAACAACACACCCACGUCCGCCAAACCACCAUAACUGUACCGCUCCUUGCAAGGCGAAGGAAGAGAAAAAAAAAACAAGCUACAGACAUGGAUGUUUGGGGAUUCUGUGUUAGCGACUCUACCAUGUCAUAUGGCGGAUCGAUGCGCAACGGCUAUUACCGCGACUACGAGCAGUUCCCAUACGGAACCCUGGAGACCACCACAUCUCCGUAUGCGGUCAAGGAUUGCUACAGUCGAGUGCAAGAAAAGUGCAAGCAGAUAAAGUCGGAGAAGCAAAUGCGCAAGGACUGCCCCUUCUGCAAGGAGCACAAGAAGCGACCGCUUAUCAACUACAUGCGCAAGCGGGAGCAGCGCAAGCACCAUGACAGCAUCUGCGAGGACGAGGAGGAGAUGCAUGAGCAUGAGCACAGCCACGAGGUGGUGCAGCAGCCAGCCCCAGCGCUCUCCUCCGUCCUUGCCCAACAGAGCUGCAAGGUGUGAGCGGGACGACAGCCCUGAAAGCAAGAACAGCAAUUCGCAAAUGCCAUAUAAAUGUUAACCAGAAGAAAGGAAAAACCUGAAAAGUAGCAAAACAUAAAAGAAGACAGUAAAACAAAAAGAAAAACAACGUAAAAGGUAAAAGAAAAAAGCUGUAAGACACAAAAGAUGGCGGACGAAAAGAUGGCGCGAAGCAUGCGAGAAAGUGGGACAGCAGCUGUGCAGCUACAAUAAUCCAACGCGACUGUACUUCCGCAUCGCGAAUACACUACCAUUUACAAUGCAGAAGCCAGAACUUGAUACCAAUUUACAAGACCCUAUACUCUUAUUGUUAACACCCAUAUAAUCUUCCAAAUGCUUUUACAAAAAAGUUUCGUGUGAAGGCUUAACAGUAAACCAAAUUGUUUACAGACAUACAACAAACAGCACUCGAUGAGAAAAUCAAACAACGAAAACCUGCCUGCUUGACCAACGCAUUUUUUGACCCUAGGCGAACCAAGGAAAAACAAAAGAAAAACCUUUAUACACAAACCACAAGGGAAGCAAAACGAAAAAAGCUAAAAAAAUAACAUUUUCUAUUUUGCGUACGAGACUGAGUAAAUUGCAGUAGAUACUUUUAAAUCUACAUGUGCGUAAUUUGGUUUUUUUUUACCUUAUUGGAUCAGUUACAGGAAUAGAAUAUUAACGAAAAAUAAUUAAAAGUAACAAGGAAAGAAAAAUGCUUCAUUGACGCCGAUUAAGGUUUACAAUUGUUAUUUUUUUCAAUAUGUAUGUAUGUCUAACUACGUAUACUUUGGACCCCGAUUUUUAUUGUAUCCUUGUCUAUAUUAGACAUUUCCCUAUAUAUUUAUUGUAAUACCAACUGAUCAUUGUCACAGUCCGAGCAAGUGUCAAAAUAAAUCUAAAUCUAGAUAUAUGCAUAUAUGUAAAAGUUGAAAAUGUUUCGAAAGUUAAAUUUUCUUAACCCAACUUGUAAUUAUACAAAAUAUAAAAAUGUAA